CAGAAGACCUGCGGCCUCGGCCUCUCCAAAGAGCCGGGAGAUGACGGGGAAAGCGGGGGAAGCGCUGAGCAAGCCCAAAUCCGAGACAGUGGCCAAGAGUACCUCGGGGGGCGCCCCGGCCAGGUGCACCGGGUUCGGCAUCCAGGAGAUCCUGGGCUUGAACAAGGAGCCCCCCACCUCUCAUCCUCGGGCUGCCCUCGACGGCCUGGCCCCCGGGCACUUGCUGGCGGCGCGCUCCGUGCUCAGUCCCGCAGGAGUGGGCAGCAUGGGGCUGCUGGGGUCCGGGGGGCUCCCUGGUUUCUACGCGCAGCCCACCUUCCUGGAAGUGCUGUCCGACCCGCAGAGCGUCCACUUACAGCCGCUGGGCAGAGCGUCGGGGCCGCUGGACACCAGCCAGACGGCUAGCUCGGAUUCCGAAGAUAUUUCCUCCAGCGACCGAAAAAUGUCCAAAUCGGCUUUAAAUCAGACCAAGAAACGGAAGAAGCGGCGGCACAGGACAAUCUUUACCUCCUACCAGCUAGAGGAGCUGGAGAAGGCAUUCAAUGAGGCGCACUACCCAGAUGUCUAUGCCCGGGAGAUGCUGGCCAUGAAGACGGAGCUGCCAGAAGACAGGAUACAGGUCUGGUUCCAGAAUCGCAGAGCCAAGUGGAGAAAGCGAGAGAAGUGCUGGGGCCGGAGCAGCGUCAUGGCGGAGUACGGGCUGUAUGGGGCCAUGGUGCGGCACUCCAUCCCCCUGCCCGAGUCCAUCCUCAAGUCCGCCAAGGAUGGCAUCAUGGACUCCUGUGCCCCAUGGCUGCUGGGGAUGCACAAAAAAUCGCUGGAGGCAGCAGCUGAGUCGGGGAGGAAGCCCGAGGUGGAGCGCCAGGCCCUGCCCAAGCUGGACAAGACGGAGCAGGAGGAGCGGGGCCCCGACCCCCCAGCGGCCAUGUCCCAGGAGGAACUGAGGGAGAACAGCAUUGCGGCGCUCCGAGCCAGAGCUCAGGAGCACAGCACCAAAGUGCUAGGGACUGUGUCUGGGCCCAACAGCCUGGCCCGGAAUGCCCACGAGCCGGAGGAGGAGGAGGCCAUGGAUGAAGACAGGCCAGCGGAGAAGCUGAGUCCGCCACAGCUUGAGGACAUGGCUUAGAUCAAGGGUGCACUGCCACUGGAGCGUCAGGACUCUGCUCUUCUCGGGGCCUGUGGUGCUGGGAGGUGUCCUCUGAGGCAGAGCCCAGCCUGGUCUUUGCCACCCUCCCCCAGCCCCACAGGCUCUCCAUGACCUCCAGGUGACUUCAGGCACAACUCAGUUCUGGCCAAGGCUUUGGGCCGUGCUGAGACAUCCUCUACAUAGUCUCGACCUCUUCAGCAUCCUCCUCAUCCCAACGGCCCUGCCUCAGAAACCUUCUUGCUGCCCCAAACCACCCCCUCAAGCUGCUUUCACUCAAUCCCUUGGCAACGCUCACUGUCUGAAUCUGCCCUUAAGCCAAUCUCUUGCUCUAAGAGCCCUUCUUCCCAGCGCUGACCCCCGGUGGAUUCUGCUUCCCGCACGCCCAAAGCCCAUGCUGCAAACGC